AAGGUCACUGGGUAGUGUUCUGCUCCCGGCCGGCUCGUUCUACAGGGCUUCUGUUGUGCUAGUGUUUGUGUGUGCAUUUGCCAGUACGUACGAGUUUUUUCUGCUGCCCCAUUCACUUGCCUGCCGUGCUUCUGGCUGACUAACAAGAAGAGCAAACAGUUGAACAGUAAAUUUACUGCUGAACCUGCCAUCAAUGAAGCCCACCAGGCUUCUGUCGCCAGACACGGUCCUCAAGCGUCGGAAAGCGAACAGUUUCGAGCUGGCUACCCUUCUGUGCAGCUAUUUGAUAGGAAAUGGAUUUGCAGCGUGCGUGGUGUCCGGUUACGCUACGCGGGAAAUCGUCAACAACGACCAGCGCCGGGUUAGCUGCCCGUACGUUCCCUGCCCGGCUCAGGACUCCGUAGAGAAAGAGGUGACUGAACCUAGCAAGUACCAUUUGCGCGAUCCACCCGAUUUGCGCAGCCGCUACCUUCUUGAUCUGGAGCAAGAAAAGCUGAAUAAAAUCGAAGAAGAGCAACGUAAAUUGGACGAAGCACGACAGAAAGCGAUCGAAGAGCUGGAACGGCCCGCUGAGGAUGUCAAAGCUGGUCACCGCGUCCACGCGUGGGUCGUAGUGAUCCUUAAUGCUCCCUGGUGCUACAAACCGGGCUAUCGCGAAAUGAUAGUCGAUCCGGUCAGUGGCGAGAGGGUUUUGCGUCCACCAAGCGCAUUCUUCAUCGAACCGGCUUCGGGUUUUCGAUAUGAAGUUGAUGCGCCAUGUUAUCUAGGCGUUGAAAGCGUUUGGAACCAACACAACUAUUACGUCAAUAAGCAGCAACCAAUCACCGAUAUCAAAAACAUGCGAUGGGAUUUCAAAAACACUAGCGACUGGGAACAUUUUCUACCCGGAGAGCCCUACGAGUUGCGAGAAGAUUGCGUCGUCCCGGAAGACCAGGAACCGCUCACCACCGAGGAAGAAUUAGAAAAAGAAAAACACCUAGACUUGCCCGCAUCUUGGGUUGGUCCCUUAUCGGUUACGAUGAAACAGUUUGAGGAACGCUUCCCGAAUGGAAGCAAAGUGAUCCACUUCAAGCGGGCCGUUUAUGAACGUUUCGCUCCCUACUCAAAUAUGAUUGGAUUAGUCAAACGACUCACCCUGUAUGAGACGCUAGAAUACGAAAAUCCUACUACCCGCUGGGAAUGGUAUAUCAACAGGGACGACCUGCUGGAGAUGAUAAAGCACGACUAUGAGAGCCAGGAAACUGAGGAAACAUUCGCGAAAGGACGGUCGGACAGCCUGCGAAUGCUGCAACGCAGCUCUGCAGCGAAUCGAGAAUGCAAGCUGAGUUUCUUCUCGCAGUAUCGGUUUGAUUCGUUACGGGAGCUCGUCUACCACCCAUCCUACGUGCGAGAAAGCUACGAUCAGAGGGAUGAUAUGCUGUAUUUCCGUGAGUUUAAGAAUGAGCCGCGAAACCUAGAUACCUUGGAAGGCUGUAAACUUACGCGAAUAACGGAAAAGUUUCAACGUAACCCCUCAAAGGAAGCCGUUCGGGAUAUAGCAACCAGAACAUGCUACAUUGAAGAGAACCGCAUUGUGUUGCAAUUUCACUAUAAUGACGAUUGCAUCACCGCAUCCACCCGAGAAUUUAUUAAACCACCCAAAUCGGAAAUGGGUGAAGAAGUGCCGUACGAUCCCAACGGUACCUCGGGAUAUAUAUCAAAUUCGUGGGAACCUCAGCCAACGCACUUGGAACUGUUUCUACUACUGAAGGAGCAGUUAAAAGCCGAAGAAUCCUCAAGCCACGCCUUUCGGUGCCGGGUAGCCGAAACAGAAACACUACUCAGCGAACGCAGGAAGCAGAUCGAGUCACCAAAGCUCAAGUUUAGCCUUUUCGAUCCCCUCCGCAAUGAGGAAGCCCGCCGUGCGCGCUUGCAAAAAUAUGAACAAGUCAGAGCCCGUGAGGAAAUGAUCAGACAGCAGCAGGCGGACUUUUUGGGCCCGUUUCUGCUACGGAUGAAGGCCGAUGAUGUUUCCCGGGAGCGGCUCCGGGCUGCCUAUCAGGACUGCGUGCAAGAUCUGGGCAGUUUUUAUCACACGAUGGAGGACGAAAUGAAGGUCCGGCUGGAUGAGCUGAUGGCCGAGGAGCAGGCCCUGAAGAGGUUUUUGGCUAAGUUUCAGGACCAUUUUGAAGAUGAGGAGUACGAAAAAUUUAUUGUGGAAGGAGAGAACAUUGAGCUGAAUAAGAACGUCGUCGGGAUGCGCAUGGAAAAGCUUCGGAACGAGUAUCGACAGAAAGUUGAGCACCUGGAGAAGACCAUUCAGGAAAAAAUGGCUAAUAUAUCAGCAGAUUAAGUCUCUUUCAAAAUCUUUUUUGUGUGUGGUUGCGUGAAUUUUUUUAUCACAAAAUUUGAUGUGUUUGAAAUAAAAUUAUUUUGGCGGUCAUCAAACGAAACAAAACUCUAAUUAAGUUUUCACAGAUACGUUUUCUUAUUCAAAAGUAGUCGCUCUUCCCAUUUCGCCCGUUUAAUUUUUCACAUUGUUUAAUAGCAUCUUUCUUUACACGGUUCGAUUGAACUAAUCUUACCUUAAGUUAUUGAUAUCGUUUUUCCUUUAAGUGUUUGUUUUGGUGUGGUUUGGUUUACCGUCCGUAUGUUAAUGUGUACGUGUGUGUAUGUGAGAGUGUUUGUGAAUAUAAGUAAUCUCUUUCCAAACCUUUGUUCUGCGGUUAUUUACCACUUGAUCCACCUUCGUUUCCUUUCUUUUGUUUUUUUUUCCACGGUGCCUUCGUAUGCGGAUGAGUUUUGCAUCUGACUGUGCGCAUUCGCCACCUCAUGCACAACUUGUUAUACGUGACCGCCUUUCUGUUUAGUAUAAAAUAUCUAAAUAUAUAUAUUUUUCUUAUUCCGGUAUAUAUAAGGUAGAUUUACACUUUCUUUUGGUAUAUUUUUCUUACUAAACCAAACUUAUCAAAAUUAUGUUUCCGCCACUAGUUGUCCUCAUUCCUUGUUCGCUCCACGAAAAAUUCCAUUUAGUAUUCUUACUCCUACCAUCCCGUUUAUAUUAGUUGUGUUCUCGAUUUUGUUCUUCUAGGUAUUGUUUGUUUGGUUGUUUUUUUUUCCUUUACAGAGAAACGCGCAAGUUUAUUUAUUUUGCUAUGUAUAGAAUACAAGUGAAAGAUCUGUGUAUUAUGCACGAGUGUCCUUUGUGUUAAAGUUGUUGCGAACUGUAUAGACUAGUCGAUAGAGUACAAGGAUGCUGCACUUGCUCUGCUGCAACGAAACUAUUUCAAAUCAUUGCAAAUUACACUAUAUACGAAGGUAAAUUCGUAUCGAGUAUCGCCCGCUGCAUAGGCUUAUGAACUUGUUCUUGUUUUACGCUUAGGUGAUUUUUUGUUUCUAUUCUGUUUUCGUACGUAUUCA